AAAUAUUUCUUGUGUAUAUUGUGUGUGCUUCGCCGUCUUUUCAUGAAAGCAGAGAUGCUCUGACGUCACUUCCUUUCCUCUCUUGAUCUCGUAGGAGACACACGUGCCAAUCAGUCGCCGUAAACUGAAAAGAUCAAAAUGGCUCCAGCUAAGAAGAUCAAGAAGAACACCGAGAACAUCAACUCUCGUCUGGCCCUUGUCAUGAAGAGCGGCAAGUUUGUGCUGGGAUACAAGCAGACGCUGAAGACACUGCGACAGGGCAAGGCCAAGCUGGUCAUCAUUGCUAACAACACCCCUCCUCUCAGGAAGAGUGAGAUUGAGUACUAUGCCAUGUUGGCCAAGACCGGCGUCCACCACUACACUGGUAACAACAUUGAGCUGGGCACCGCUUGCGGUAGAUACUUCAGAGUGUGCACCCUCAGCAUUACUGACCCAGGUAUGAGGUAGCCUUGUAGUACAAGA